AUCACCUCAGAAUGUAUGAAAUCUAUGUUGUUUCCUUUCUAUGGUGCACAAUGUGUUGUGUUUGCAACAUCCCAGUUCGUAGUCCUCCAUCUAGAUGUUUGAUUCCUGUUCAUUUUGAGCCCAGAGUGACACACGCGAUUCACAUCUUGCUGGCAGCUAUUGCUUCUUUUUUCCCCCAACAGGCACAUCUUUGCCAGCUGUACUUUGUGAUGAGUGCAACGAGUUCAUUGUGAAUAAUAAUCCUCACUUGGUUCCUAUUGAGGAUUAAUUCUCAUCACACUUUUACCCAUAAAUAGAAUGGUUAUCAAGUUGUACCAACCAGAAUUGUUACUCCUCUGGCAACGAAAUCUGAAGUAGGUGCCACCCAAAUAUCUAGGUCUUCUGCACAUCUCUUCCAAAUCAUAUCCAUAGAACACCUUUUGCUUGUGGUAGUCGUAUGCAUCUUGCUGGCAGCUAUUGCUUCUUUCUUUUCCUCUAUAAGCACAUCUUUGCCGGCUGUACUUGGUGAUGAUUGUCAUGAGUCUGUCAUCUGUGUACUGGAUAAAAAUCCAACAAGUUCAUUCUGAGUAAUAAUCCUCACUUGGUUCUUAUUGAGGAUUAACUAUCAUCACACCCAUACCCAUAAAUAGAAUGGUUAUCAAGGAUGAACCAGCCAGAGUUGUUACUUCCCCUGGCAACGAAAUUUGGAGUAGGUGCCACCCAAAUAUCUAGGUCUUUUGCACAUCUCUUCCAAAUCAUAUCCAUAGAAGCACCUUUUGCCGUGAAGAAUGAUUAUAUCUACCCAGUAUAUGUGAGUUGUUCAAUUUUAAAUUGCAAUCCUGGUUGCAGCAACAGCUGUGUGCUUACUUUCCACUGUUGCAGUAGAUUUUUAGGUACUUUUUCAUGUAAGCGCCUAUCUGAUUCUACUCCUGGACCGUUUCUGACUUUGGAGAGGCAGGUCUGAUGAGGGUGUAGUUGUUUCUAUAAUCUAUUAUUCAAAUUACAAUGAAGUCCCAUGCUCUUCUUCUAUAUAUAGCUUGUCCAGCCUCAUCUGCAACUCACACUUGUGCCAGUAUCCUUAUCCCUAUUCCUUUCAAAUCCCUUUGUCCUGAAUUGCAAUGUUCACCAUAGAAACUGAGUUGGCAGCCAUUGAUCAUGUGACAUCCAUUCAUGAGCAGGGACCCCGUUUGGUUAUUAAGGUCUGUGCUGUUGCUGUCUGGAGGAUUCCUUUGUCCAUCCUCCCCAUAAGGCCAUACUGCGUGGAAAUGAUCCUCAUUGACCGAAUGGGUACCAAGAUUCAAGGCUCUGUGUGUAGUAAUCACCCAAUCCUUCGCAACAUACAAGUUGGAAGAGUGUACAAGUUUAGCAAGUUCAAAGUCAUUCUGAAUGAUGACAUUAAAUUGACCCCACAUGACUUUCGUCUAAUAUUCCACACAUGUACUGAGAUCACCGAAAGCUAUGAUGUUCGCAUUCCACGCCAUGGGUGGUCAUUCUACAAUACACAAGCAAUUCGGGCCAGGAAUGAAGAUUUCACUCAUCUGAUUGAUUGUGUGGGUGUUAUAUCUGCUGCUUCGCAAGAAAAGCUGUGGAUAAAGGAUGGGCAGAUGACCAAGAUGAUAAUCAUUGAACUCCAAGACCCAAGGUUCUGUUUCUCUGAAAAAUUAUUCAUUACACUUACUAUGUUGAUUAUAAUCAUCCCAUGUUCUAUCUAUAUCAAUUUCAGGGGAAAGAUUAAAUGCAACCUGAUUGGAAGUGUUGUCAACCCAAUAGCUGAGUUCCUUGCAUCCACAUGGACUGUGAGGCCUAUAGUAGUUCUACAACUUGUGAAAGUUAAUCGCUGCCGCGGCGACAAAUUUAUUAUUGAAGGCAUUCCCAUUGCUUCUAAGGUCCAUAUUAACCCAGAUAUUGAUGAAGUUGCUGAGCUUACCCACAGAAUGUCUGUGCUUGGAUACAAGUACAAUGGACCUGUUGGGUUCAUCAUGCAUAAUGAUCCUAAUGUCGAUUUGAAGGAUGAUAUGCUUUACCAUCAUACAAAGAAAACCUUGACUGAAUUGAUUGAGACCAAAGAGGGAGGUGUAUUUAUUGUACAUGCUGCUAUAGUUGGAGUAAUAAGGGAUGGAGACUGGGCAUAUAAAUCGUGCAGGUGCUACAGCCAACUGAGGAUUAAUGGUUCUAAGUAUCAAUGUCUGAAAUGUUGUCGCGUUGUUGGGCAAAUGAUUCACAGAUUCCGCAUAAAAGUCGAGGUAUAUGAUGGUGUGAAUAGUGCUGUCUUUGUACUAUAUGACCGUGAAGUUGAAGACCUUACUGGGUUUUCUUGUGAAGAGUUGAUGAAUACUAUUGAUCUGGAAAACAAAGUGAUUCCGGAUGGUGAGUAUCCUCAGGAGAUCGAGGACGCACUAGGGGGCCAAGAUAUGCUGUUUAAGGUCCGCAACAAAGGUCUGAAGGCGUAUGGUAAUGAUCAGUGCUUUGAUGUCAUGAGGAUCUGCACUGACCUUGAAAUCAUUGACAUGUUCAAUGAGCAUGAAGUGAUAGUUACACCUAAUAAGGAAAAGUUCAUCCCUCCUUUCCCGACAAUUGAGAACACCGUAGCUGAAGUUGGCCAGAGUUCCAGUUUGAAAGGGCAAGCCAAUGCUCUAUCUGAAUGCAGCAGCACUGAACAUGGAGGGCGUCGCCUGCGAAGAAAGUUGUUGCAGGAUAUUGAGUCUGCUGCUGAAGAUGGUGAUGUUGCUGAACCACAGAUGACUGACAUACAAUCUGCUGAUAUGGUUAAUGAUGUGCUGGGUGAUUUAAAGCAGAAUUUGAAUGAAACUGUUGCUGACCAGGUUGUCACAGAUGUUGAAGAUGCUGAGUUGGUGGCUGUUGAUGAAGCAAAUGCUAAGAAAAAUGAUAAGAUUGUUGUUUCAGCACACCUCUCCAAGGUAGUGAAUGGAAAGAAUACAACUGUUGAUCAUGAGAAUGAAAAGAUGGGUGCUUUAGAUGUCUUUGGUGUAGACAUUAGUGCUGUAAAUUCUGAGGUGGAAGUCAUGCAUUCUUCUGCAGAUGAAGACAUGGAUGAUAUUUUGGAUAUUUGUGGAAUCCAUAGGGAGGUCAGGGUUGAUGUUCAUGUCAGCGGUGAUGUGAAUGAAAUUGACAAAGUGGUGGAUGGUAAUGAAAUAAUUGUGUUGUCUGAUGAUGAGGUCUCAUCUGACUGAGGUACUUGUCAGUCAAUAUUAGAGGAUGUUGCAGACUCUAUGUGGCCUGCUGAGCAUACAAAUGAUGAAGAAUGUCAUAUAGGACAUCAGCCACCUUUUUUGAUUAUGUUAUAUUUUAUAUAUAGGUUAUAGGACUGUAUAAGUCAAUUAUGUCUCUUUGUUGCAUGGAUUGGAAACUGUCACUGUUCUCUGAGGACAGUUACAAACUCCAAUCUAAUGUUGUUUAGGUGUGCUAUAUUCCUUAUGUAAUCCAUGGGCAUCUUUGUCAUGUAACUGGUGGAGCAGAUGCUAUGUUCUGAACCUGUUUGACUAUCUAAUAUAAAUGUGUUAUGUGUUAUGUGUAAUGGAUAGCUGAGUUAUGCUUC